UGUUUGAGUGACUUCACCAUCUGACUAGUAAACCGUCUUACUCCGGGCGCGCCUCUCCAGUUGCUGCAGGCGGGAGGAUUACAGCUCUCACCGCUUUUGCUGCUCAAUUGCCAAAGCCGACGUGGGUCCGUUUCACCGCCCGCCCCAGUUUCCUGCUGAGUCGCUGGUGGUGCUGAAAUUGGGACUGGGAAAGAACCUACCCUACCCAGUUUCUCCUCGAGGCUGAGACAGACAGGAGCUGUCCCUCGCGUCUUAACUCCCGCCACAUUGCAGGGAGCGCUCCGAAGGCGGUGAGAGCGGAGCCCAGGCACGCUUCAUCCGCUGGUUGGAGAAGUGGAAGGCGAGGGCAUUCCGUUCACCGAAGGGGCUGAGGGAAGCAGCAGCACCUGUGGACAGCGGCUUUCGGUUGAAGCGCCCGGGAGAGUCCGCUGCGAGAGCCAGAAGCAGAGGCGCGUGAAGGGCAACAACGAAAAAAAGAACAAGGCGCACCCUCGGCAAAAGGGGCACCGAAUUUGCGAGGAAGAAAGCCAUAGAGAGGAGCGGGAGGAAGCAGAGCCGGGGGAGAGCAAACACAGAGAAAAGGCAGACGCGGGGUAAAGGAAAGGAAGUAAUACGACAGAUAAGGAAAGAUAGGUGUGGGAAAGAGGGGCGCCCGAAAGGCGCGCAGCCGCGGGAGAAGAAAGGCACGCGGGGCUUAGCGAGAAACAAGGAGGCUCAGGUGGGCAUUUGCGAGCGCAGAGAAGAAACCGAGGCGCUUAAAGAGGCAAAGAGCCACGUGCUUGCGGAGAGCGAGCGCGAGCUGAGGGGCGCCGUGCAAAGAGGAAGGGCGCGUGAGGAACGGGCUUCUCCAGCGCCUUCCGAGUUGAGAGGGGGGUGAGCAGAAGGGCCAGCCGAGGAAGGCGACCCUCUUGGAAGCCAACCCGGGGCGCUCACUCCCAGCGAGCUUCGCCGGAGAGACGCGACGUCCUUCUUGCACUUGCAGUCCUCCUUGCAGUUGGGAGGGUGUCUGUCGGGGGUUCUAAGUCCAACCUUUGGAGCUUCGCUCAUCUGGUGCAGGUGCAGCCUUUAAGGUAGCCAUGAGCGGCUGCAGAGACAUCGGGGGCUUCGGCCCCUGGGACUACGUGGUCUUCGGGGCCAUGCUGCUCAUCUCCGCGGUCAUCGGCGUUUACUACGCCUUCGCCGGCGGCGGGCAGAAAACUUCCAAAGACUUCUUGAUGGGAGGCCGCAGUAUGACAGCUUUGCCCGUGGCGCUGUCCCUGACUGCCAGCUUCAUGUCGGCUGUGACAGUGCUGGGCACCCCGGCGGAGGUCUACCGCUUCGGAGCCAGGUUCAGCGUCUUCGCCAUCACCUACACCCUGGUGGUCAUCCUGAGCGCGGAGGUCUUCCUGCCUGUCUUUUACCGCCUGGGCAUCACCAGCACCUACGAGUAUUUAGAACUUCGAUUUAAUAAAUAUCUACGCUUAUGUGGGACAGCACUCUUCAUUAUACUUACGAUAUUAUACACUGGAAUUGUCAUUUAUGCCCCAGCCUUAGCUUUAAAUCAAGUUACAGGAUUUCACCUGUGGGGUGCAGUGGUUGCAACAGGAGUAGUCUGUACUUUUUAUUGCACACUGGGUGGUCUAAAAGCAGUAGUUUGGACCGAUGUUUUUCAAGUUGGAAUCAUGGUAGCUGGGUUCUCAUCUGUGAUUAUACGUGCUGUAGUGGUUCAAAAUGAUAUUGGACGUAUUCUAAAUGAUUCCUACUAUGGAGGAAGAUUAAAUUUCUGGGACUUUGACCCUAAUCCUUUGCAGAGGCACACAUUCUGGACAAUUAUUGUAGGGGGGACUUUCACCUGGGUUGGUAUAUAUGGAGUCAACCAAUCUCAAGUUCAACGAUACAUUGCCUGCAAAACCAGAUUUCAAGCAAAACUAUCUCUUUAUAUAAACCUAUUGGGACUAUGGGCAAUUCUUGCAUGUGCCGUGUUGUGUGGAUUAGCAAUGUACUCCAUUUAUAAGGACUGUGACCCUUGGACAGCAAAAUGUGUAUCAGCACCAGACCAGCUCAUGCCAUAUUUGGUAUUGGAUAUUCUGCAAGAUUUUCCAGGCUUGCCAGGGCUUUUUGUGGCUAGUGCUUACAGCGGAACAUUAAGUACAGUGUCCUCUAGCAUCAAUGCUUUAGCUGCUGUGACUGUAGAGGACCUCAUUAAACCUUACUUCAAAUCACUCACUGAAAGAAAAUUGUCUUGGAUUUCUAAGGGGAUGAGUCUAUUUUAUGGUGGAGUGUGCAUUGCUAUGGCUGCCUUGGCAUCACUUCUAGGAGGUUUGUUGCAGGCAGCUCUCAGUAUAUUUGGCAUGAUUGGUGGACCUCUCUUGGGACUUUUUUCUUUGGGCGUCCUAUGCCCCUUUGCCAAUCCUGUGGGUUCAUUUGUAGGCCUCAUUGGUGGAUUUACUGCUUCCCUUUGGGUUGGAAUUGGAGCUCAGAUUUACCAUCCGCUUUCCCAUUCUACCAUGCCAUUAAAUCUUUCGACUAUAGGCUGUAACAUAAGCAAUCCAGGCACAGAAGAAUAUUGGACUGCCUCAACAGAGCCGCCAGAAUUAACAACUUCCUUGAAAAUGCAAGCUACUGAGAGACCUAUCCUUGCAGAUUAUUGGUAUUCCUUAUCCUACCUGUACUUUAGCACACUUGGAACCCUGGUCACAAUUGCUGUAGGAAUAGUAGCCAGCCUUUUGACAGGAGGAUUACGGCAGAAUGUGGAUCGGAAAUUCAUGCUCACCAAAGAGGAUUUUUUGUCUAACUUCUCAUUUUUGAACCCUAAACAAGAUGAGAAAGUCAAAGUUUUAACCUGGAAGCCAUUCACUAUGCCUGAUGAAGGAACUGACAAUCCAGCUUUCAAUCAUAUUGAAAUGAAUUUUACAGACAGUAAUGGAAAAGUCAACAGUGCUCAUAUAUGAAAAUCCUCUUGGACUCUGUUGAAUUUGGCAGCUACUUCACAUUUAUACUUACAAAGGGAGGAUAAAGUUUAUCUAAUGCCCCCUCAAAAGAAUUGUCACUAUUCCUAUGAGACAUCUUGUUUGCUCAUCCUAUCCAGGACUCUGGACAAAUCCAACCUAAACUUCAGAUCAUCAUACCAAGAGGCAAUAAAUUGGACAACAUGUAACUAAAAAAAUGAGCAAGUAGUGAGUAAUCUAAUAUCCUGAUUUCAGAAAACAUAGGAAGCAAAAUUUGGAAAUUAAAAUUUAUCUCAAUUAGUACACAGUGAACUAAGUUGUGGCCUGACCAUUUCACUGCUUCAGACUGCAAUCCUAUACAUACUUACUUGGGAGUAAGCCUUAGUAACUGGUGGUGGCAGUGGGGACUUUUAUCUGAGUAAACAUGCAUAGGAUUGCAUUUAUUUUACCUUAUAGGUAAUAAAGAUUUUUUACUUGCUUGUAUGAUUUUUCCAGUGGAUUAUUCCUACACAGGUAAAAGUGAAACCUGAAUCAAACCUCCCUUAUUCUCAUAUGGCAAUGACCUAGAGAGAUGGUGCUAAGUGAAAUUACUGUUCAAUAGAAAAUAACUUUCUUUUACUGUGCAAUUAUAUGAAUGUUUUCUCAGAAGUAAGUCCCACUUGUUCACUAGAGCUUCAGUAGAGCUUAUUCCCUAGUAAGUGUGUUUAGGAUUGCUGCCAUAAUUGCAAUUGGUUUUCAGAAUGUUUAGCCCAUGCUCAGUCCAUUACUAAGUGGUUUAGUAUCACAGACACAGUUUACACAAUCAUAUCUCCCAUCUUCCAAAAGAUUACACCUCUUGCAAUACCCCACAUUUUGUAGCCAAAUAAAGUAGGUAUAUAGUAUUUUUUCUUGUUUGUUUUUCAGCAAGUGGCCAUAAUAAACAUAAAAGAAAAUACAAAAACAAAAUCCGAUGGCAAAGAAAUACAUACAAAGGAAUUCCACAGAAUAAGAACAGUCAAAUGUUGAGUGCUCAGUGGCAAACACUGUAAUUACAAUAUGUGAAAAUAAAAUAUUUUUAUUGUCA